UUCGAAUGGCCGCGAUGGGACCGUGGACAGCGGACUGGACCGAAGAGAGCGCAGAUGGCCCGGGUUCGGCCCUGCCAGGGCCAGGGACGAGCGCGGCCGCCCUGGCUCUGGCGCGGAGGCUCCGCGAGGCGCUGCUCGACGGGCAGGCGGGGGAGGUGGAAUCGCUGCUGAAGCUCGGAGCUGACCCCAACCUGGUGCUGCCGGACGGCGUGGCCGCGGUCCACCUGGCGGCGGGGAACGAGCGGGACAGCGGCCUACAGUGCCUGGCUGUGCUGCUGCGGCACGGAGCGGACCCCAAUGCCCGGUCUGAAGAUGCUCUGACCCCUGUGCAUGUAGCUGCAUCCUGGGGCUGUUACAAGUGCCUGAAACUCCUCCUGAGGGAGGGGGGUGACCCCAAGCUUCAGGACCAGGAUGGGAAACAGGCGCUGGACCUCGCCCUGGAGCAGGGGAAGGAGGAGUGUGUUGAGAUCCUGAGGGAGCAUGCUGGCCCUGAGGAGGAGGUGCUCCCCUACCAGACCCUCUGCAGAGGAGAGGAUCAAGUCAAUGGCUUCUCCGCCCUGAAUGGAGAGGACCUUGACACCAGCAUCUGGGGACUUUCAGAUAUGACAUUUAGCCCGAGGCCCCUGGGCAGCAGAGUCAGAGCCCUUCUGGAUGGGAGCGAGCUGGAGGGUGAAGCUUCGGAGACCAGGCAUGCCCUCCCAAGCCAGACUCUCCCAGCUCAUCCUCAGCUCUCACAGGGGAAAGGACUUGGACUGGAUAAACUCUCUGGACCUGACUUCAGCUUUCCUGUGCCCCUCUUUCCCCAACCCACUUCCUCACCUUCCCCAACUCCUAGGUUGGGCUCUGUGCCCCACUUGGGACUGGAAGAUAUCUCCCCAGACCACAGCUGCCUCUUUCACCCAGGCUCAGACUAUUCCUGUGAAGAUCAAGAUGAGACAGUCCUCAGCUCUCUCCCUGCUGAUACAGAGACUUCCUCUGGUGACUCCUUCCUCACUGCAGUGGAAGCCUUUGGCCCUGAUGCCCAAACACCCAGUGCUGUCCCCUCCAGCCCCAUAAUCCCAGAUGCCACUGGGGCUGUACCAUCUCAGCCCUGGAAUAGCGGGAGUGGGUCCCAGCCAGGCAGCACCACAGGGACCAGCCCCAGCCAAAGAGUGCCCUUGGGCAGGUGUUCCCCAGAUAGCAGGGUUCCCCAGACAUCGGGGCCCCCCAGGAAGCAUCUGGCUUAUGCAGCCCUGAGGGCUGAGCUUAGGGCCAUGGUACAGAAUGCUGGGCACUCCCAGCCCACUCUAGAUGAGUCGGGCAUAGACCCUGUGAUCCAUCUGAAUGGUCAGCUGAGGGGACUGGUGCUGAAUUCCCCCCCAGAGCCCCAAGAUUUUGUUACCACCAGGACACCAUGCAAACUCCAAGGUUUGGCCUUCCAUAAUGACAAGAGUGUGGAGCAGGGCCCACCCUUGAAGGUGCUGCCUGGAAGGUGUGGCCCAGGAUCCAAGAACAAUGAGAGUCCCGGGGAAGGAAACCACCUAGCCCUGGACAGUUUAGAAGAGGGUAGAGCAACCGGCAACUUGGCUGAGUUCACAGAAGACAUCCCAUCUAAUGACUUCCUGACUGAUGACAAGACUUCCCAGAGCAGUGAAGAUGGGGCUAGCAUGUGGCUGACAGAGGAUGGUGAAGAUGAAGAGGACCAUGUCCCCCAAGGCCUCAUCAGGAAGCUUCCAGGGCCACCGAGGGCGUGCCCAAUCCUGCACCCCCAACUGCUCCCUGUGGAGCCUUCUGGGCCAGAGCCCAUAGAACCUGUACGUGCUGAUCCCAAGGCUGGGCCCAGCUUCCUUGGCCAGCAUCUAUUGCAUUCUGAGGACCCAGUUAUGGAUGGACAACAUAGCUGUCAUCCAUUCACAUCCUUCCUACCACGAGACCCUUCCACCCUCUCCAACCAGGAGCUGCUGCAGCACCUGCGGGCCCUCGGAGAGAGCCCAGGCCCUGUCACUCCCUUCACCAGACAACACCGCCUGAAGGGACUGAAGGAGGGGAGCCCCAGGGGACCGGCUGCCCCAGCAGGCUACAGCCCAGAGCUGACCCUGGCCCUGCAGACAGGCUGUGUCCCUAAUGCCCAGGAUGAUGAGGAUGUCCUAGCCCAGCAGUUUGACCAGCCAGAUCCAAGCCAGAGGUGGCGUGAAGGGAUUGUGAAGUCAAGUUUCACCUACUUGCUGUUGGACCCCAGGGUGACCCAGAACCUGCCUUCCCAAUGCCACAUCUUGAGCCAAGCUGAAUGCUUCCAGACCUUUAUUCAUGCUAUCUUCUACGUGGGCAAGGGCACUCGGACUCGCCCAUACUCCCACCUCUCCGAGGCCCUGCGCCAUCAAAGGAAUGGCCAGAAGCAGACUUGCCCCAAGGUGCAGCGCAUCCUGAACAUUUGGGCAAGUGGCCACGGGGUGGUCUCCCUGCACUGCUUCCAAAACGUCAUCGCGGUAGAAGCCUACACACGGGAGGCAUGCCUGGUGGAUGCCCUUGGGAUGCAGGUGCUCUCCAAUCAGAAGAAAGGCCACUACUACGGUGUGGUAGCAAGCUGGCCAGCCCAUCGGCGCAGACGGCUGGGUGUGCACCUAUUGCACCGGGCUUUGGGCAUCUUCCUGGCAGAGGGGGAGAGGCAGCUUCGGCCCCCGGACAUUCAAGUUGGUACCUGAGUGACCGCACUGACCUCUGGAUGUUGAUACUAGGCCACGGAUGGCUCCAUCUCUCUCCAGAGAUACAGGCCAAGCCCGAGAGGCCUCAGGCAUCCAGGUCAGACACCAAGUAGCCCGCAGACAAGAAGGCCAGGCUCUGAGCUCCCCUUGGUCAUCUGAGUGGCUCUAUACUCUGCCAGGUGUCCAGGCCCAAAGAACCCUUCUCUAUUCACACCAGACAUUCACCAGCCACACAGGACAGCAUUGGCUGCCUCCAAGGAUCUGGGUUCUGAAUUCCAUCUCCAGCUAUGGGGAGUCCCCCAUCCUCUCUUAGCCUGGGCUUUGAUAGGGGUUCAGCCUACGAUAGGUGGUCUGGUGAAUUCAGCAGACCUCAUUUCUGUGCUUUAUGCCUCCAACUAUAGCUGUGAGCAGUCAGUAAUGUCCCCUGCCAACUGUCCCCUAUCUCUUCGUGGGACCCUCCCCAUAUUCAAUGGGGCCAAAUGGCCUCUCCCAGGGGAAUGGGGGCCUGGCCACCAUCUUCCCUCCCAGCUCCCAGCUCUAGGAACACAGGCCCCAGUCCAUCUGGAUGUCAGUGUUAUUAGUGGCCAAAGGUUCUUCAAGAAGGCCUUGUUGACAUGGAUGAUGGAGAUAUUAGCCAUAGGAUGCUAGCAUACCAUUAGUGGGAGGGACCCAACAGAGCAUCCUAUCCACCCCCUUCAUUUUAUAGGUAAGAAAACAGAGCCCCAGGGAGGGGAAGGGACUUGCCCAAUGCCAUGAAGCAUAUAAAUUAAAUAGCAGUGCCGUGACUCAGAUCCAGAAAACUUGAUUCUAAGUCGUAGGCUCUUCAGACCAGACUGGGAGCCCACACCUUUUUAUCCCUAGUUCCAGAAGCCGCUAUGAUCCCCCCCCCCCCCCCGCCCUUGGCUUUAUCCAUGAAGAACCUGAGUCUUAGAGAGGUACAGUGAUUUGGCCAAGGUUACACAGCUAGUCCCACUUCUGAAGCUUUGAAGUGUGCCUCAUUCUUUCCAAACCCGGCCCCUGGUGAAUAAGCAGAUCCACAAAUGGCUACUCUGACUUGGUGGGUGAUAGAAGAGUUAGGGACCAGGGGAGAGGAAGGCAUGCCACAAGCCAAGUACCUCCCUAUGUAGAUAAAGCUCUGGGACCCAGAUUGUCCCCUGCAGGAUCCCACACAGAAGUGGAUGAAGGGCCUUCUGUGAUGUUCCAUCUGGCAGCAUCUCCAUUUAAGCUAAACCUUCUGCCAGGGGUCUUAACCUGAGGUUUGUGAAUGUUUUGGGGUUGGGGGGAGGCAAUGGGGGUUAAGUGACUUGCCCAGGGUCA